UCUGUACACGUCAUGCCAAAAGCCGUCUUAAGCCUCUGCGCAUGCGCCAGCCGUCCUCUUCGACUCUGCAGCUGGAAGAAACCAACUCGACGAUGACUCUGCGUGUGUGUGUGCUGCUGGCCCUGCUGGCCCUGGUCGGGGGGGAGGACGGAGCACGCCUGCUGGCCUCCAAGUCCCUGCUGAACCGCUACGCCGUGGAGGGCCGGGACCUGACCCUGCAGUACAGCAUCUACAACGUGGGCUCCAGCGCUGCUCUGGAGGUGGAGCUGACAGAUGAUUCCUUUCCUCCUGAGGACUUCGGAAUCGUGUCUGGAAUGCUGAACGUUAAGUGGGAGAGAAUCGCUCCAGCCAGUAACGUGUCUCACACGGUGGUGCUGCGUCCCCUGAAGGCCGGAUACUUCAACUUCACCUCGGCCUCCGUCAGCUACCUGGCCCAGGAAGGGGGGCCUGUGGUGGUGGGGUUCACCAGCGCCCCCGGGCAGGGUGGCAUCCUGGCUCAGAGGGAGUUUGACCGACGAUUCUCCCCCCACUACCUGGACUGGGCAGCUUUCGGCGUGAUGACCCUCCCCUCCAUCGGCAUCCCACUGCUGCUCUGGUUUUCCAGCAAGAGGAAGUACGACUCUCCAAAGUCCAAGAAGAACUGAGGAGACACUAGGGGGUUGGAGGUUUUCGGGGUGGGGGGUCAGGAAGGUUGGAGGAUUGGGAGGGGGGGUCUCUGUAGAGCUUAUUGACCCAUAUUGGGAUAGAACGAGGGUGGGGGGGGUGAAUGAGGAGCAGCAUGUGAGCUUUUCCGCUGCUGUACAUUCCUUGGUCUGUGAUUACCUCAGAGCAGUUACCAUGGUAAAAAGAGUCUGGAAUGAUGGGAACUCAGCCAGUUGUUGAUCUUCGGUUUACAUCAAUAAACUUUGGUUUUCUUAAUAACUGUCUCUUGAUACUUUGAUACUUUUUAAUAAAACUUAAAA